UAUUUUCUUCCAAAUUAUAUUUAAUUUUCAAGUCAAUUCAUUUUCAAACAAGUUUGAAAAUAUUUCCCCACAUUUUUUAUCUAUUUUAAGAUGAGCAUGUUUGUCACCCCUAGUUUCCCCAAUGUUAACAAUUGCAAUUUGUUUUUCAAGUUCUGCUGCAUGAAGAAUAAAUCUGUAUCCAGAAAAAACAAAAAGUGAAGACCCCAAAACCAACAGAGCAUCAGAAGUAUUCACUAGAUUUUUAACCAAAUCCACACGUUCUCUUGGUACAUUGUCUCCAAAAAAUACAAUAUCUGGCUUCAAAAUUCCACUACAAUCAGGACAGUUUGGAACCACAAAUUGUUCAACAAAAUCCUGAAACACACCAAUGUUAAUUUUAAUACUUAGUGAUUACAGUUAUAGCAAGAACAAAACUACACAGUAUUCUACCUGUGGAAGAUCAACAUCACCAUCUGGUCUUACAGAUUGGGACACGAUGCUUAUUGAAGGAUUCAACUUAUUGAGAGUUUCUUGAAACAAGUGUCUGUGAACUUCGUAACGGCAAUGCAAACAAAUAACUCUGUACGCAGAACCAUGUAAUUCUACAACAUUUUUGCACCCAGCUUUUCGAUGCAAUUCGUCCACAUUUUGAGUUACAAUUGAGCUUAGUCUCAUUUCACUUUCUAACCUACGCAAAGCAAAAUGGGUGACGUUGGGCACAAUAGAAGAAAAUCGCGGCCAUCCAACAUAAUUUCUCGCCCAGUAGCGUUUUCGAAGUUGCGGACUUUUAACGAAGUCUUGAAAUUGAAUAGGCCUUGAGGUACUCCGAGCAUAUAAACCUACCCCUUCUGAACGAUAGUCCGGAAUACCGCUUUCAGUAGAAAUACCAGCUCCCGUCAGCACAAGAAUUUUGCUGUUUGAUGACAAGAAUAACUUCAUCAAUGUUAUGUCCUCAGAUGUCACUGGUUUAUGCUUUGGGACGAAUGAGAGAGAACUGAGAAAGAAAGUGUUACGGGAAGAGGAGUUUAAAAACAAGAGAGAUUUACAAUGUAAUCCAUGAGACUGCAUAGCUGUCCAACUUAAUUAAAACAAAUCAAUUGAAACAAUUACUAAAUAUUUUCAAUAAUUAAAUCAACCCCCUUCACCACAAAGAUUGAACACUUUUUAAAAGCACAGGUCUCGCACAUUGUCAUUCUGUCCACGUAGAGUUUGGGAACAUUAAAGAAAACGUACACUAUUAUAAAGAGUCUUAACAAAAACAAUACCACGACUGCAUUGAAUUCGUCUCGUAUGUUCUUCGAGGUUUCGAACUCCACCUCCUCCCAUGACUUCCAUCAGCUGAUGUUAUUUUAAACAUAUCUGUCACAGAACAACUGAAGAACAUAUACCGUGCCAAAAUAUCUAGAAUUAAAAUUAUAGUAAAGUAAAUCUUAUAAUUUAGAAAGUAAAGAAGUGAUUUUCAACUUAAAUAUCUAGGCAAGAAAUGAACGUUGAAUACUUUGUGCAUUGGCGCUCUUGAUUUCGUCAUUUAGAUCUCAGUCUGAUUCAUUAUUCCAUCAAUAUCAUUGUGAGUCGUUUUCCGUACGUGCGUUGUGGUACUGUGCAGGACUGUGAAAAACUUGCGUUAAAUCAGUUUUCUUUGGCGUCUUUCGAGCCAUUUCGACUUGUAUUUUGAAUUAUUUGUGAAUUGCGGUAACAAUGUACACAAAUUUCCCGGAACCAGACUAUCCCGCAGCCCUGGGCAUAAUAUCGCAUCUGAGUAGCGACGAAUUAAAAGAUAUACUGAACGAUGAAACAAAAUUUGAAGAAUUAAUGAAAGACAUAAAACAGUUUAAGGAUUUGGAAACUGAGAAGGAAAUGAUUAUAGCUAGUAACAGGUCCCUAGCAGAAUUCAACCUUGCCAAAGAACCUCAACUUCAAGAAGGCAAACAACGUUUGCAAGACUUGAGUGCAAAAGGGGAAGAGUUAUGUCAAAGUGUUGAGAGUAAAAUUGGAGAAUUGAAAAAAUUCUUAGAAGGUGAUUUAGAAAUUGAUGGAUUUUUAGAGCAAUUUUCUGCUAGAAGAAAAUUAAUGCAUUUACGGCGAGUGAAAGCUGACAAAAUGACAGAGCUACUAGCUGAAAGGAGUCGAUCUCCAAAUGUGCUGUCACGCAGUUCUACUUCCUCAUCACAAGUGUUGUCCCAUUUCAAUUCUCCUUCAUUUUAUCCGCUUCCUCCAGUUGCUGGUAGUGCUGGUGCAACUCCUUACCCUGUGGGUGGAAUUAAUAUGCCUAUGCCCAUGCCUGGCCCAUACAGAGCAAAUGUGUAUUGA